UAAGAAGGAUUCGAAAUCCACGCUGUGUUAAACGGAUAAGUUGCAGUCGUAUGUUACAAGUUUGAAGGAGGGUAUGACGUGGCUUUUAAAAUGAGAGCAGGUGCUCAAGCUUAAGUGGAGUGGCAAAGUAAAAGGAAAAAUAUUGGCCGUAGGCAGUAGCAAACCGUCGCGUCUCCGUUGACUCCAGUGGCCAUCGGAUCUACUCAUUCUGGCUGCAACACUCUCCCAUCAACAUCGAACUUGGAGCUUCGAGCCGCCACUGAAAUAAUCAGACACAUCUGAGAGAGGGGGACUCUAGGUUGCCUGCUCCUUCUAAAAUGAUAAAUGCGUUGGUUCUGCCUAGCAAAGCAUUGAAGUUCUCCUCUGCAAAAUUUGAGGGGUCAACGAAAUCAAAGUACAGGGGACCAAAGAUGGAGCUAACGCUAACUCAGCCCGAUGAUUGGCAUCUUCACCUCCGUGAUGGUGACCUUCUCCAAGCUGUUGCCCCUCACAGUGCAAACCACUUUGGAAGGGCAAUAGUGAUGCCAAAUUUGAAGCCUCCAAUUACCACCACUGCUGCUGCUAUUACUUAUCAAGAAUCCAUCUUGAAAGCAGUGCCUGCUGAUAGCAACUUCACUCCACUAAUGACACUGUAUUUAACAGAUACAACCAGUCCUGAUGAGAUCAAGCUUGCUAGAAGAAGUGGGGUUGUUUUUGCUGUUAAGUUAUACCCUGCUGGUGCAACAACAAACUCUCAAGAUGGUGUUACAGAUCUUUUUGGCAAAUGUCUACCAGUUCUUGAAGAGAUGGUUGAGCAAAACAUGCCUUUACUGGUUCAUGGAGAGGUCACAGAUCCUAAUGUCGAUGUCUUUGACCGUGAGAAAGUGUUCAUUGACACUGUUUUGCAACCUUUAAUUCAAAGGCUUCCAAGAUUAAAGGUUGUGAUGGAGCACAUUACCACUGCAGAUGCUGUUAGAUUUGUGGAGUCUGGUGAAGAAGGAUUUUUGGCUGCAACUGUUACACCACAACAUCUUCUUCUCAAUAGAAAUGCUCUGUUCCAAGGAGGAUUGCAGCCACAUAAUUACUGCCUUCCAGUACUCAAAAGAGAAACCCACAGACAGGCUAUUGUUUCAGCUGUGACUAGUGGAAGCAAAAGAUUUUUCCUUGGAACUGAUAGUGCUCCCCAUGAGAGACAAAGAAAAGAAUGUGCUUGUGGUUGUGCUGGCAUUUACAAUGCCCCUGUUGCGCUAUCACUAUAUGCCAAGGUCUUUGAAGAGGCGGGUGCACUUGAUAAAUUAGAAGCAUUUACAAGCUUCAAUGGACCAGACUUUUAUGGUCUACCGAGGAAUGCCUCGAAGAUUAAAUUGAUAAAGACUUCAUGGAAGGUUCCAGAGUCCUUCUCAUUUUCGUUUGGUGAUAUCAUCCCUAUGUCUGCAGGUCAAACACUUGAAUGGCAAUCAUGCUUCUCUUGAUUCUUUCUUUACCCUUUUUUUCCUUUUAUAUCUUUGGAUAAAAUAGUAGAGUAUUCUUGUGAAAUUUGAUUUAUGAAGUCAAUCCCAGGCAGUGGGAAAAGACUUAUUUGUUGUUGUUGAAUAAAAGAGUAGAGCACCAAAGCUUGGACUAAGAAUCUCUACUCAUAUAAUGUCAUCCCACCAGAGGUGAUUUAAUCUUUUUUAAGAGUAUUUCCGGUGAUAUUUUUUUUCCUUGGUUUUUAAGGACCUUAACAGUUUGCUUGGUUGGGGACCUCAGUAAUAGCUAUUAAAGGCUGGAAAAUAGGUCAAAAUUUUUUGUUGAACAAAAUUAUCUU